UCUGAACACUGUAUUUGUAUAGUGUAUUGCAAUAGUAUUGUAACGCAAAAGGCAGAAACAAAAGCAGCCAAAAAGCAAAAGAUGGUUCAGCACUGGUAAGAAGACCAUAGGCUGGCUACUACUACACACAGCAGCACAUGUUAUGAAAACGAAAAGAAAAAGCUAAGUUGGAUGUAUGUGAUGGCAUUUGUGAAUAAAUGAAUGCUAUGGAGAGUGCCUUUUGGGGCGUUUGCUCCAAAAUAUUCCUGAACCAGCAAUCUGCCCGUACGCAUUGUUUGAUAGUUUAAUCAUCAACAGCCACAGCACAAGCCUCAGUUUGUGCUGCUGUUCCUGAAACAUACACAGAUCAGGCAGCAGCAGGAGUUUCCUUUUCUCAACUCUCUUCACUCUUUCUUUUAACAGAUACAUAGAUAGAGAGAUAGGCAGAGAAACAUGGUUUCUGAAACCUCCCUCUCUUCUUCUAAACGCUCUCCGGCUACUCCCAAGUUUUGCAACUCAUUCACUACUAGGAUUUUUGCUGAUGUUGCCGGAGACAUUACAAUUGUCGUUGAUGGUGAAUCUUUUCUGCUACAUAAGUUUCCCCUGGUGACUCUAAGUGGAAAAAUCCGGAAAAUGGUGGCUGAAGCCAAGGGUUCCAAUGUUUCAAACUUGGAGCUCCUCAACUUUCCAGGGGGGCACCAGACAUUUGAACUUGCCAUGAAGUUUUGCUAUGGGAUGAAUUUUGAGAUUACAACAUUCAAUGUUGCCCGGCUUCGUUGUGCAGCAGAGUAUCUGGAAAUGACAGAAGAAUACAGGGAGCAAAACCUCAUUUCAAGAGCAGAGAUUUAUCUGAAUGAGAUUGUCUUUCAGAGUCUUCAGAAGUCAGUGGAAGUGCUAUCCACAUGUGAGAUGUUGCCUACAAAUAUAGUGGAUGAAAUUGAAAUAUCAAGUGGAUGUGUGGAAUCCAUUGCAAUGAAUGCUUGCAAGGAGCAGCUAGUUUCUGGCUUAUCUAAAUUAGACUGUGAUGGAGAAUCUAGAGAGCUAAAGGAGGAUUGUGUUGCCUGGUGGGUUGAAGAUCUCUCAGUUCUGCGUAUAGAUUACUUCCAAGGAGUUAUUUGUGCCAUGGGAAGAAUGGGGGUGAGAUCAGAUAGCAUUAUUGCAUCACUGAUGCAUUAUGCUCAAUCAUCUCUAAAGGGUAUUGGAAAAUGCCAAUUCUGGAAUCCAUCAAGGACAAACUCAAGUCCAACCAGUGUAGAAAAGGACCAGAGGAUAAUUGUGGAAACUCUUGUGAGUCUCAUGCCAACAGACAAAAGCUCUGCCAUUCCCUUGACAUUUUUGUUUGGCAUGUUAAAGAUGGCUAUCAUGUUAGGUGCAAACAUUCCCUGUAGGCUUGAGCUUGAAAGAAGGAUUGCAUUACGGUUGGAAAUGGUCUCAUUAGAUGAUCUACUUAUACCAUCACUGCAGAGUGGAGACUCUUUGUUUGAUGUUGAUACAGUUCACAGGCUACUGGUGAAUUUCUUGCAAAGGGUCGAAGAGGAAGAAACUGAAGAUUGUGGAUAUGAAUCUGAUGGGCUUUGUUCUGCUGGCCAUGGUUCCCUGCUAAAAGUGGGGCAGCUUAUAGAUGCUUAUUUAGCAGAAAUUGCACCUGAUCCGUACUUAAGUCUACAGAAAUUCGUUGCUUUGAUAGAGAUACUUCCUGAUUAUGCUCGUGUUAUUGACGAUGGCCUUUAUAGAGCCGUGGACAUUUAUUUGAAGGCACAUCCAGCACUAACAGAGCAAGAAUGCAAGAAGCUGUGCAAGUUGAUAGACUGCCAGAAGCUAUCUCAAGAAGCAUGCAACCAUGCAGCACAGAAUAACAGGCUUCCACUGCAGAUGGUGGUGCAAGUGCUGUACUUCGAGCAGCUGCGUUUGAAGAACGCGUUGUCAGGGAGUUCAGGAGAUGGGCUGCUAUCACAGAGAAUAAGCAGUGGUGUUCCAAGUGCAGCCAUGUCCCCAAGGGACAACUAUGCCUCUCUGAGGAGAGAAAACCGGGAACUGAAGCUGGAGAUUUCAAGAAUGAGGGUGAGGCUGAGUGAGUUGGAGAAGGAACAGAUGUUCAUGAAACAAGGCAUGAUUGACAAGGGAGGAAAUGGAAGAACAUUCUUAACAUCAAUUUCAAAGGGUAUAGGGAAGAUUGCAAUUUUUAGUGGUCAAGGAGGAGGAAAGCGCCAGAAAUCAGGUAGGAAGUCUCGUGGUUCAGAGGGGAAAACUGGUAGAAGUAGGAGACACUCUGUCUCAUAGAUAUUGUUCUUCUCUACUUAGCUAAAAACUCUCUCUAUUAUACCUUAUCAGGUGCACACAACAUGUAAAUGACUUGAUCAACAGCUUCUCUUCAUCUUGGUCUUAAGUUUUGGCAGUUGAACUUCAUAUCCCACAUUCUCCCUUCCCUGUUGUACAUGAUUUCAGCUCCUGAGAUAAGGUCCUUGUUCAUUACACAGUUACACCAAGACAAAAGCACAAACAUUUCAAUGUGUAGCAUCAUCGUCACCUUGUCUAGGGACACAGUUGAAGCACUUCCUUUCCCACUGAUAAAAUGUACUUAUUUAUUGUCAAACUUGUUCCUUCUUCUAUGGCAUGAAAAGGAAAAUGUAACAUAUGCAACC